UGAAUCUAGAUCUAUAAAAUAUUUAAAAAUAGUCAUCAUCCUAUCUAAGAAUUGAUAAAUGAAAAAAAUAUAAAUGUUUCAAAUUUAAAAUUAACAUUAUUUCUUUAAUAAAAUUUAAUUAUAUUAAAAAUAAAAGCUUAAUUUAAAUCUAAAAGAGAAAAAUUUCAUUAGAAGAUGACAAGCUGUCAAUCUACCGCAAUAUGUUGUUUAAUUAUAAUAAGUCUAUUAAAAUUUGUGGUUAGUGGACGAUCAUACAUUUGUAAUGAAAACCAUCAUUGCGUAAAAGGUACAGGUGAAUUCGAAUAUAAAACACAAAAUGAAUGUCGACUGUCCUGUGGGUCAUAUGGAUCAUUAUGGCCACAGCCAACCGGAGGAAUUAUGUUAUCACCAAAACGAGUAUAUUUUGAUCCCGCUAAUGUAAGAUUUAAUUUGGUAGCUCCAAGUGCAAAAACUCAACAGUAUUUAUCAGACAAUUCCCGAUUAUUCAAAAAAAAUAUUUUAAAAGAAUGUCCAAAAAAUGCAUGUGCUUGGGAUGGUAGGGAACAAAUUUUUGUUAAAGUUAGCGUUAACUCUGACGAUAUGACUUUUGACUGGAACACUAAUGAAUCUUAUAAUUUGACAAUUGAUUCAACAAAUGUGACUGUUUAUGUGGAUGUUAGAGCUCAUUCAAUAUAUGGUGCCAGAUUGGGACUUGAAACAUUAAGCCAGUUAAUUACUGGGAAUCAAAAGAGCGGUCUUGUUACAGUAGCUUCUGGAAGAAUAUCUGAUGCCCCAGUAUUUAAACAUCGUGGUCUUCUCUUAGAUACUGCAAGGAAUUUUAUACCAAUAAGAAAUAUUAGAAAAACUUUAGAUGCAAUGUCAGCCUCAAAGAUGAAUAUUCUGCAUUGGCAUGCAACUGAUUCACAAAGUUUUCCAAUAGAAAUUUCUAAGCUUCCUCACCUGCAAAGAUUAGGCGCAUAUUCUUCCGAAAUGAAGUAUUCCAAAUCAGAUAUAGAAGAUAUAAUUAAAUAUGCCCGUUUAAGAGGUAUAAGAGUAUUAAUUGAAUUUGAUGGACCAGCCCAUGUUGGAAAUGGUUGGCAAUUUGCAUCCCGAGCGGGAUUAGGCGAUUUAGUAGUUUGUUUAAAUGCACAGCCAUGGCGCAAAUUCUGUAUUCAACCACCAUGUGGUCAAUUUAAUCCUAUCAAUGAAAAUUUAUAUCCUACACUGAAACAUCUUUUCGAUGAUAUUGCCGAUAUGAUCCCAUUAGAGGAAACUAUUCAUAUGGGAGGUGAUGAGGUUUUCAUUCCAUGUUGGAACGCUACAAAUGAAAUUUUGGAUUACCUUAAACUGAACGGAUUGUCAAGGACAGAAGAAAGUUUUUAUCGUUUGUGGUCUGAUUAUCAUAAGAAUAAUUUAGAUAUCUGGGAUGAAAUAAAAUCAAAAAAAAGAUUAAAUGAUCAACAACCAGUAAUAGUAUGGUCUAGUCAUUUAACAUAUCCAGAUGUUAUAGAAAAAUAUUUCCCAAAAAAUAGAUAUAUCAUUCAAACAUGGGUUGGAGCCGAUUUACCUCUAAAUACGGAACUCUUACAAAAAGGUUAUAGAAUAAUUGUCUCAACAAAGGAUGCUUGGUAUUUAGAUCAUGGUUUCUGGGGUCAAACAACAUAUUAUAAUUGGAAAAGAGUAUAUCAAAAUCAAAUUCCCAGAGAUUCUGGUGUUCUGGGCGGCGAAGUUUGUAUGUGGUCAGAAUUUGUUGAUGAACAAACUUUAGAUGGUAGAAUAUGGCCACGAGCUGGUGCAGCAGCCGAAAGAUUAUGGUCAGACCCAAGAGUUUUAGAAAGUGAUUUAGAACCAAGAUUUUUGAGAUAUAGACAACGUUUAAUAACAAGAGGUGUUGAUCCUGAUGCAGUAGUUCCCAAAUAUUGUGAACUAAAUGAGGGAGAAUGUUUUUAAAAUAUAGGUCAUUAUAUACACAUUCUUAAACACUUAUGCGUGGUCAUGAAAGCUUUAAUAAAAAUAUUUAGUUUAUAUAUUCCGUCUCCUAUAAUAAUGAUUUUAUAAUAAUGUAAAAGUUUUAUUAAAAAAUUAUGCAAGAGUCUUAAGACUGCUAUGUAAAUUGAAAUGUAAAUUUUUUUUAAUGAAAUUAUAGCUGAUGUAAGUCCCAUUUUAAUGUUUAAAAUAUAUAUACCUAUAUAUAGCAUAUAAUAAAUAUUAUUUGUUAUUUAAAAGAG